CAAUUUUUCCCCCAAAUACUCAUAUCAUGGCUUCCUCCGCGCAAGACGCCGCCCUGAAUCAGCUGCAAUCGGAGCAAUCCAAGCUCCUGGAUCGAGUGGACGAGCUCCGCACGAUCGGCGUCGGCGGUCUCGUGGAACUCCCCCAGCUGAUUGUGUGUGGGAAUCAGUCCAGCGGCAAGAGCUCCGUUCUCGAGGCCAUCUCGCGCGUGCGAUUCCCAGCCAAAAUCAGCGUCUGCACUCGCUUCGCUACGGAGGUCAUCCUGCGACGUCACCAAACCGAGACCAUUAAAGUCUCCAUCGAGCCCGGGCCGUCGAGAACGGACGAGGAAGAACGAAAGAACCUCAAGUCCUUUUCCUCCGACGCUUUUGAGAGCGACAAUGACUUGGGGAAGUUAAUUGAAAAGGCCCAAGAGCACAUGGGCAUGAACGAUGAGGCUGACCCCGGUUUCAAAGACGAUGUCCUCAAGGUGGAGAUUCUCGGACCUGAUAAGCCUGAACUGACUCUCGUGGAUCUCCCCGGUCUCUACUAUUCCAAGAGUAAGGAUCAGGGCGCCCAGGGGAGGAAGGUCGUGCGCGCUCUGACCGAGAGAUAUAUGAAGAAUCCUCGAAGCAUCAUUCUGGCUGUUAUCUCGGCCAAGACUGACUACCAUCUGCAAGAGGUUCUGGACAUCGCGGAGAAAUACGACCCCCAGCGUGAGCGAACUCUCGGAGUAAUCACGAAGCCGGACACUCUUGAGACUGGCUCCGAUGAGCAAGAGAUCUGGCUGCAGUUUGUCAGGAACGAAAAGAUCCGUCUCCAGCUGGGAUGGCAUGUUCUGAGAAACCGGAAGUCCGAGGAGAGCAGUAUUUCGCACGAGCAAAGAGACGAAAACGAAAAGGCCUUCUUCAGCACGGGGCGGUGGAAUUCUGUUCCUCGCAAUUUUGUCGGCAUCGGUAGCUUGCGCAGUCGUCUCAGCAACAUCCUCCUCAAGCACAUCCGUCGCAAUCUCCCUGCGCUCAUCUCUGACAUCCAAGAGAAGGUCACGGAGCGUCAGCUGAAGCUACAGAAACUCGGUGCUCCUCGCGCCACCAUCCAAGAGCAAAAAGGGUUCUUGCUCAAUAUUAGCAGCGAUUUCGAGCGAAUUACCAGGGAGGCGCUCAAUGGUGGGUACGACCAUGAUUUCUUCGGGGGAUUUGAUCCGGAAUCAAACGAGCAAGACCUCCGACGCCUUCGUGCCAUCAUUCGCGAGUUCAAUGAAUACUUUGCUGAGGCAAUGGAAGUUGCGGGAUGUCGUCGACAGAUCGUUGAGCACCAUCAUAACGACUACAGCAAUCAGCGCUCGUCGAAUCCUUAUUUGGAAACAUGGUGGCCGACUUUCAUCGACCGAAAAACUUUGGAAGCCGAAGUCAGUGAGCAGGCACGUAAAAACCGUGGAAUUGAAUUGCCCGGAAGUCCCAAUCAACGGCUCGUUGGGAUUUUGUUUCGCGACCAGUCCAAACCGUGGGAGGAAAUCGCUAGGAAUCAUCUGAUGACUGCGUGGGACUCUGUGAGGUUUUUUGUGUCCCUCGUGCUGCAGCACUUAGCGGACGAGCACACCUAUGCUUUGAUAGUCGGCACUUUGAUCGAGCCCGAGCUCGAGAAAAUCAGAGUAGGGUUGCUGGACAAGCUCGACGAGCUGACUUCAUACAUCAAACGAGGUCACCCACUGCCGGUUGGGAAGAGCUUUCUCGUUCGGAUCCAGCAAGCAAGAAGGGAUCGUGAGUACCAGAGACUCAGGUCUGCACUCGGGAAGCCUGUUGACUCGCGCACCGAACUUGGCCUCCACGAGCUCGAGCAGGCAUUCUCCAAGCUGCGGGUUCGCGUCGACGAGCAUGCAUCGGCCGAGAUCAUUGACGAGAUGGAAGCGUACUACGAGACCGCUAUCGUGACCUUCGUGGACAACGUCGCAACUCUGGCCAUCGAGAACUGUCUCCUUCGUCCUCUCGACCGCCUGUUCACCAGCCAGACGAUCAACAACAUGGAAGACGACGAGGUCAAACACCUGGCUGCGGAGCCUUCCUACAUCCUGGAAGAGCGAGACCGCCUGAGCGGCGAGUUGGCGAAGCUUCUAGCGGGUUUGCGUGCCUUUGGACCGUUCAACAUUCCUCGACCAACCAUGCCGCCUUUGGCUUUCAAGUCCAAGGCUCCUUCUAAAUCUGCGGAAUCGAAUUCUUCGGGUCGAGAAUCUGUAACUCCACCGAAGCCUUCCUUCUCGUCUAACAGUCCGAGUACAACGUCGUCCACCUCGGAUCCCUUGUCUGAUUCGGAAACUCCUACUGCGCCUUCGUCCAGGGGUUUCAAGCAAUCGAAGAAUAAAUCCGAAUCACCCUUCUCCACUAACUUUUCCAAGAAGACCUCCUCAUCUCCACCGUUUAAAUUUCGAGGAAGCAGCGAUCUCUUCAGCAGGAUGGACCACCCAAGUACCGAGGGCUACAACUCGUAGGAUCAGCCAGUUCUUUAUUGUCUCUUGUUUAAAUUUUUGUCAUGUUCAAGAUUGCUUUGCGGAACCGUUUGCCGUCUUUCUUUUGUUUUCAGUGCGGCGUGUUUCUGUUUUCAAUGUCUAGUCUCAUAUUCAGUUAGUUAACUAUGUUUCCUCUCAAUUCUAGUGAGCCUUAUAAGAC